AACACAAACAAAUUUUCUUUUGAUCUUCCUAAGCAAAAAUACCCAAAAAAAUUAUGGCAAGGCUUAUUCAAGUUUCAAUUCUCUUUGUUUUAGCUUUAUGCUUCUUGUCCCUCCCUAGCGUUGUCUACUCAGAAGACGUUCCUCAACCUCCAAUUUCUCAAUUUCAUGUUCAAGGACAAGUUUAUUGCGACACAUGUCGUGCUCGAUUCAUUACUGAAUUUAGCGAGUUCAUUCCAGGUGCCGGUGUACGCCUCCAGUGCAAAGAUGGGGAGAAUGGAAAAAUAACAUUUACCGAGGUAGGCUACACAAGAGCUGAAGGACUCUAUAGCAUGCUCAUUGAGCGUGAUCAUAAGAACGAAUUUUGCGAAAUCACAUUGCUUUCAAGUAGCAGAAAAGAUUGUGAUGAGAUUCCUACGGAAGGAUGGGUAAAGCCUUCAGUGAAAUUUAUACUCAACACGGUAAAUGGUACUACACGCACGAUAAAUCCUCUUGGAUUCUUCAAGAAAGAGGCUCUUCCAAAAUGUCCACAAGUCUUUAAUAAGUUGGGUAUGUAUCCACCAGAUAUGUGAAGAACAAAAAGAAGACAUUAAUUUAUUACACGGUCCUUAAUUUCCUCAAUUUUAAUGUGGUUGAAUAAUUCUUUGUGCCUCUUUGUAAAGGCCUUUGAUGGCCUGAUUAGAGUGGGCGGUAGCAUAGAAUCAUUUUGAUUUGUAAUUCUGUAAGUUCCCAAGAUUUUUCUUGUGGAAAGACAAUAAAUUUUUUUGAUUAUAAGAUA